CGUACAAAUUAUGGAAAGACAAAUAGAAAUUGUGUAAUUUGUUACAAGUUGGGCCUAUAUAUCAUUAUGUGGGCUUGUAGCAAGUUCAACUCUGAACGGAGGAACACAAGUUUUAUGGUGUUCCGAGUCGCAUGCAAUAGCUCCCCGUCCUCACUCUCUGCCGGCGGAUAAGGAUAGAAAGCUUCCCAUUCUUCAAGCUCUCUCGCCGGGAAAACGCCAUGUCUAUCGCUUCUCUCCGCCUGGCGCCGCCGCUCUCCGCCACCACCAAAUCCCCCGCGGAACUCCACUCCUCCUUCCUCAUCCGCCGCCCUCUCAUUGUUCCCAAACCCCUCAAAUCACAGUCACUCCGCCUAUUACACUCUCCAAUCAAGUCCUCCAUGGAGGCCGGCGUGGGCGUAAUGGGGACGAAACUCGGAAUGAUGAGUUUCUUCGAGCCGUCCGGCACGGUCGUUCCCGUCACCGUCAUCGGAUUCCGCGAGGGGAACAUCGUUACUCAGGUUAAGACCGAUUCCACCGACGGAUACAAUUCCGUUCAAGUAGGUUACCGCCGCGUCCGGGACCGGAAGCUCACCAAGCCUGAAAUGGGACACCUUCAGAAAUCCGGCAUAAUUCCUUUGCGCCAUUUGCAGGAGUUCCGGCUCCCGUCCGUAGCGGGCUUCGAGCCGAACCAGAAGCUGGUGUUCAGUGAGAUCUUCAAGGAAGGUGACAUAGUUGAUGUUUCUGGCACCACUAUUGGGAAAGGGUUUCAAGGUGGAAUCAAAAGGCACCAUUUCAGGAGAGGUCCGAUGACACAUGGAUCAAAGAGCCAUAGACAGCUAGGUUCAAUAGGGGCAGGGACGACCCCCGGGCGUGUUUACCCUGGCAAGAAAAUGCCGGGAAGAAUGGGUGGGACAAAGAGAAAGAUACGGAAGUUGAAGGUCGUCAAGAUUGAUGAUGAGCUCCGGAUUGUGCUGAUCAAAGGUGCUGUUCCUGGUAAGCCGGGAAAUCUUCUCAGAAUCGCUCCAGCAAAGAUUGUAGGGGAAAACAUCCCAAAGAGCUAAGCCGCCCCCUUUUCUGCUACUUACCCAUUCCCUUUACUCUGUAAUUUGUUGUAAUAUAUUCUUUUAAUUGAUGAAUACAAGCAGUGUUUUCAUGUUUGUUUUUGGGCCAGUAUUUUUCAUAUCACCAUUUUGGCUGUAAGCAUCUCAUCAGACAGGAUUUUUAAGAAUUUCUAUGUCCAAAACAUAAUAUUCUCGUUAUGUUCUACUACAAUUAAAGUUCAUUCACGAU